CCCUUGGCCAAUGUGCUAUCAAAUCAAUUUGACUAUCGGCCGGUUGCAAUGGUCAGUGCUCUUCUCUCCAGCCUCAUUCUGGUGGGUAGCGCAUUUCUCAAGAACCUCAGAGCUUUUGCUCUUCUCUUCGGCAUUUGUGGAGUUAAAGGUCAAGUCAUUCUCCAGGAGGCGGUCAAGGCACAGUUUGCCUUGGAUACGAGGGGUUGCGGUAGUCAGUCAGCCAGCCACCCUGUCACUCCCUAUCUCAAUCCUGUGAAUGGUGAUUUGGUGUUGUUGUGUUAA